AUGAAAAAUCAUUAAUAAUAGUUCACAUUAGUAGAGUCUCUUAAUAAUUAAAAAAAGAAAAAACUAUUAAAGGAAAGUUCAAUAAUAAAAUCAAAUAAAGAAUAAUUAAAGAAAAAUAAUAAUACAUUGUAAAAUAAAUAGGAAUAAGCAAAAUAGGGAGAGAAUUACUAUAAUUUUUUGAUUGAAGAAAAGAAGAUACAGAGAUAACAACUUUAAUCAUAGGGAUUAAUGUUUUCAGAUUAAAAUUUGGGAUUGUAUAUAGCUAAUGAAAAAUAAUCAAUCAACUAUGGAGUUAUGAGUAGAAAGAGAAGGAAUAUCAAAAACAUUGAUUCAAAUUUAGUUUUUCAGAAGACAUCAAGCAAGAAUGAAAGUUCUGUUGAAAAUGAUAGUAUAAGUAAGAUAUAAAAAUUGAAGGAAAAGAUGAAUUUAGUUAAUGAAUCAUAACUACUAGUUCAAGAUAACGAUAUAAUGUCCUCUUUAUAAAUUAAACCUAUAUAAAGUAAUUUCACCAAUUUAUAUUCCCCUAUAAAAUUUCCUUUGAAAUAGAAAUCAACAUCAUAAUAUAUAAAGAAAAAUGAAGAAGGCUUGCUACAAUCUCCUAUUGACAAUUAUAUUUUAAAAAAGUUAGAAAAAAUAGCUGAAGGAAAUAAAGAAUAGUAGCCAAUUUAAUAAUUUUCUCCUGAAAGAGUACUUUUUCAAAAUAAAUUAGGCAUAAAUAAGAAAAAUUAAAAAACUUUUACCAAUUCAAUCAUUGACUAGAUAAAAAUAUUCUUUUUUUGGUGAAAUGAAUUAAUAGAGAAAUUCAGUAGACUUUUAAUCUGAACAAUGUCGAGAUAAUGUAAAUAAUUUAUAUAAUUAUAAAUUUAGAAUUCUUUAGAUUAUAUUAAAUAAUAAUCUAAUUAAUAAUUGUCAUAGAUUUAUAAUUAAUUAAAAUAAUUAAGUUCAAAUAGAUACUAAAGUAUAAAAAGUAUUGACAUAUUUUGA